UCGUAACCGGAAACAGGAACUCUUCUGACGUAGCAUGUGGGAAAUUCAAAUUUUAAAAGAUGUUCGAAUGAAAGAUGCUUUGGCAGUUUUAAUUUUGUAUCACAUUAUAAACAUAUGUAAUUUUGAGUAACAGAGUAAACUAUUGACUCUUUUUUUAAUUAAAUUCAAGCUUUUUUUUAUUGUUUUGAACUCGCUUAUAUCGGCGUUUUAAAGUGAAUCAUUGGAGCACAGCUGAAACCAAUCGAGAGCAUAAAAAAAAAGAGAGAGAGAGCUUUUCUAAAGAUAGUCAUCCCGCAUUGACAGAGUGAAAAGUGUAAGUGUCCUCAGCAUGCCUGUAGACAGCACUUCUGAACUUCUCAAGCACUAUGAGGUUUAUGAAACCAUUGGCUCAGGUGGGUUUGCCAAAGUCAAACUUGGUAGACACAUACUGACAGGAGAGAAAGUGGCCAUCAAAAUAAUGGAAAAGAAAGACCUAGGGGAUGAUCUGCCCCGGGUUAAGAUCGAGAUUGAGGCUAUGAAGAACCUCAGUCAUCAACACGUGUGUCGUCUCUACCAUGUCAUUGAGACGUCAAGCAAGAUCUACAUGGUGCUUGAGUACUGUCCUGGAGGAGAACUGUUUGAUUACAUCAUUGCUAAAGACCGGUUAUCAGAGGAAGAGACCCGAGUGUUUUUCCAUCAGAUCAUCUCUGCGAUGGCCUAUGUUCAUAGCCAAGGUUAUGCCCACCGAGACCUCAAACCGGAAAACCUGCUGAUCGAUGAAGAUCAUAACCUUAAACUCAUUGACUUUGGCCUUUGUGCCAAACCAAAGGGUGGUUUGGGUUUUGAAUUGCUGACCUGCUGUGGCAGUCCAGCAUACGCGGCUCCAGAGCUCAUUCAGGGCAAGGCUUACAUUGGCUCUGAGGCUGAUGUGUGGAGUAUGGGUGUGUUGCUUUACGCUCUACUGUGUGGUUUUCUACCCUUUGAUGAUGACAAUUGUAUGGUCCUCUACAGAAAAAUUACAAGAGGCAAAUAUAGCAACCCGCACUGGCUUUCACCUGCUAGCAUUCUGCUUCUAAACCAGAUGAUGCAGGUGGACCCAAAGAGGCGUUUGACCGUGAAACAGUUGCUUGAUCACCCUUGGGUUAUGAAGGGAUACAGCACACCAGUGGAGUGGCAGAGUAAACAUCCUUUGGGUCAUAUAGAUGAAGACUGUAUCACUGAAAUGGCAGUGGCUUCUAAACAAUCCAGACAACUCACAAUCCAACUUGUGUCAGAGUGGAAGUAUGAUCAAAUGACCGCCACCUACCUUUUACUGCUGGCUAAAAAGCGGCAAGGCCGUCCUGUGCGUCUGAGAGCAGAAUGCCCCGUGAUUGACCGCAUGUACUCUCCUCUACAGGACAUACAACUGAAGAAGAGUCAACGCCCAUCUGUGUCUGGGGAAAAGUCUUCAUGUCCCAACAUCCACUGUGUCCACCUCGUUACUGUCACAAACCACCUCCUGCACUGGAACGGACAGGUGCACACUGGGGACAGAGAGAGAGCAGGCAGUGCCACUAAAGAAGUGUCCCGCAGGAGAGAGAUGGACCAACAGCAGAGCGGCCAACAAGGAGAACUGGAUAUACUGGCUUUCAGCCCCGAGAGAAGGUCUCGAUCUCUGGACCUGGCUGGCUGUCAGGUGGACAGUGGGCAGAAGCGGAAGGGAGGUAAAGUGUUUGGCAGUCUGGAGAGAGGCCUAGAUAAAGUCAUUACAAUGCUCACACCCAGCAAAAAGAGAGGACCUCGAGAUGGACCACGCAAAAUUAAGGCUCAAUACAACGUGACACUCACCAGUCAGACUAAUGCUGACCAAGUGCUCAAUCAAAUUCUCAGCAUUUUACCAGAGAAGAAUGUGGACUUUGUUCAGAAGGGCUAUACUCUGAAGUGCCACACACAGUCAGACUUUGGAAAGGUGACCAUGCAGUUUGAGCUGGAGGUUUGUAUCCUGCAGAAGCCUGAGGUGGUCGGGAUCCGUCGACAGCGGCUCAAAGGUGACGCCUGGGUGUAUAAACACCUGGUAGAGGACAUCCUCUCCACCUCCAGCAUCUGAUGUCGCUCUUGUUUGCCCAUCUGAGUUUAAUGGGGUAGAUGGAGUCUGUUUGAUGUCCAUUACAGAAUAACCUCCAGUUCUACUUUAUAUUUCAUUUGACCAUGUCCAUUAUUCUUUGGCAUGUGCAGGAGGUGGUACAGUAUUAUUUUGUCAUGUUCUGCCCUUGAUAGAAAUGCAAAUAUUUUUGUCACUUUAUACUGUACAUCCUUCUAAUUUAGCAAUAAGCAGUACUCGUAUAGCGUUAUGGGA